AUGGACACCGCCCCGACCCAAUCAGCACAGCAGGACAGGGGCAGGAGGGAGGAACCUGCCCAGCAGGGGAAAAAGGUAGGGUGCAGUGGUUUGUUGUAUGAUUUCUCUGUGUCUGCUCCUCAGAGAAAGGUAGGGUGCAGUGGUUUGUUGUAUGAUUUCUCUGUGUCUGUUCCUGAGAGAAAGGUAGGGUGCAGUGGUUUGUUGUAUGAUUUCUCUGUGUCUGUUCCUCAGAGAAAGGUAGGGUGCAGUGGUUUGUUGUAUGAUUUCUCUGUGUCUGUUCCUGAGAGAAAGGUAGGGUGCAGUGGUUUGUUGUAUGAUUUCUCUGUGUCUGUUCCUGAGAGAAAGGUAGGGUGCAGUGGUUUGUUGUAUGAUUUCUCUGUGUCUGUUCCUCAGAGAAAGGUAGGGUGCAGUGGUUUGUUGUAUGAUUUCUCUGUGUCUGUUCCUGAGAGAAAGGUAGGGUGCAGUGGUUUGUUGUAUGAUUUCUCUGUGUCUGUUCCUGAGAGAAAGGUAGGGUGCAGUGGUUUGUUGUAUGAUUUCUCUGUGUCUGUUCCUCAGAGAAAGGUAGGGUGCAGUGGUUUGUUGUAUGAUUUCUCUGUGUCUGUUCCUGAGAGAAAGGUAGGGUGCAGUGGUUUGUUGUAUGAUUUCUCUGUGUCUGUUCCUCAGAGAAAGGUAGGGUGCAGUGGUUUGUUGUAUGAUUUCUCUGUGUCUGUUCCUCAGAGAAAGGUAGGGUGCAGUGGUUUGUUGUAUGAUUUCUCUGUGUCUGUUCCUGAGAGAAAGGUAGGGUGCAGUGGUUUGUUGUAUGAUUUCUCUGUGUCUGUUCCUGAGAGAAAGGUAGGGUGCAGUGGUUUGUUGUAUGAUUUCUCUGUGUCUGUUCCUCAGAGAAAGGUAGGGUGCAGUGGUUUGUUGUAUGAUUUCUCUGUGUCUGUUCCUGAGAGAAAGGUAGGGUGCAGUGGUUUGUUGUAUGAUUUCUCUGUGUCUGUUCCUGAGAGAAAGGUAGGGUGCAGUGGUUUGUUGUAUGGUUCUAAGCCCUUUUAAAUAAGAAUGUGAUAUUACCUGUACUACACAGCCUGUGACGUGCACACUAACACUAUAUGAGGAGAAGAGACAGAUCGUGAAGGAGAGAGAUGAAAGAGAGAGAGGGAUAUUGACAGAGAGUUAGAUGGAAUGAGAUGAAGUAGUGAUAGUGAAUCCCAAACCGCCCCCUCGCCAAUACCAACUCCCUCCGUUGUCACGUGUUGCUGACGAAGCUCCGAGGGUGACUUCCAGAGAGUGGCGAUGGGAUCAAUAAACCCACCGGGACCAGUCUCUGAAUCAGAUAUAAACACAUGCACGUGGUAUAUAAUUAGACAUGCCUCUCCAUUUUUUUACAAUUCAAUUGCGCUAACUUCAGACAUAUAGCAGUGAGUGUCGGGAUAGUACGUCGCUCUGAAGCCUGCAUCCGUGCUGGCUAGGUCGAAGUGGCUAUAGGAGGAUCUAAUUAGCCCCUACACCCCCAUAAUUUUCACUCCCUCAGCUUUAGUACACUUGUGCAAAUGGCCGAGGCUCGUGUGAACGCGCAAGUGGAGUGCCGAGGGGCCAGGCGAAGGGGGUGAUUUGGGAUUCAACCCUAGAGAAAGAUAAAGGUGUAGGAUGUCUGCAUAUACAGCUCUAUUUGGAUAAUAGCAGCUUGUGCCAUCGGGUACAGUUGCAAGGGGAUGAGUCUAGAUUCAGUAAGUUCCUGGGAAACUGAGAUUGGGUUGAGCCAAGAUGAAGUAAAUUCCCUCCUUUUACAGUUGAGCCAUGAUUGCACAAAAUUGGGUGGUCGAAUAUAGAACUGACAGAUGAUAUGUAUUGUUGGAAUAAGGAUGUUUUCUCAUGAAACAUAAGCUAUUGUGUGUUAUGAAUGUUUGCACAAAUGUUAAUUUCUGUCAUCACUGUGAUUCUCAUUAUCAGAGUAAGACAGUGUCUCACUCUGUCCUCUCUUCCUUUCCUCCCUCUCUCCUCCCCCUUCCCCCUCCUGUCCUCCCCUCCUUCUCCCUCUCUCUUCUCCUCCUUCCUCCUCAUGUCCUCCCCUCCUUCCCCCUCCUGCCCUCUACUCCUUUCCCCUCUCUCCUCUCCUCCUUCCUCCUCCUGUCCUCUCCUCCUUCCCCCUCCUGCCCUCUCCUCCUUCCCCCUCUCUCCUCUCCUCCUUCCCCCUCCUGUCCUCUCCUCCUUCCCCCUCUCUCCUCCUUCCCCCUCUCUCCUCUCCUCCUUCCUCCUCAUGUCCUCCCCUCCUUCCCCCUCCUGCCCUCUCGUCCUUCCCCCUCUCUCCUGUCCUCCUCCCUCCUCCUUUCCUCUUCUCCUUCCCCCUCUCUUCUCUCCUCCUUCCCCCUCCUUCCCCUUCGCUCCUCUCCUCCUUCCCCUCCUGUCCUCUCCGCCUGUCCUUCUCUCCUUCCCCUUCGCUCCUCUUCUCCUUCUCUCCUCUCUUCCUUCCCCCACCUGUCCUCCCUCCUUCCCCUCUCUCCUCUCCUCCUUCCCCCUCCUGUCCUUCCCUCCUUCCCCCUCUCUCCUCUCCUCCUUCCUCCUCAUUUCCUCCCCUCCUUCCCCCUCCUGCCCUCUCCUCCUUCCCCCUCUCUCCUCUCCUCUCCUCCUUCCUCCACCUGUCCUCCCUCCUUCUCCCUCCUGUCCUCCCUCUCUCAGAUUGUGUUGUGCUCUGUAGCUGACUCUCUCCUCUCCUAUUUCCGCCUCCUGUCCUCCCUCUCUCAGAUUGUGUUGUGCUCUGUAGCUGACUCUCUCCUCUCCUCCUUCCGCCUCCUGUCCUCCCUCUCUCAGAUUGUGUUGUACUCUGUAGCUGACUCUCUCCUCUCCUCCUUUUGCCUCCUGUCCUCCCUCUCUCAGAUUGUGUUAUGCUCUGUAGCUGACUCUCUCCUCUCCUCCUUCCGCCUCCUGUCCUCCCUCUCUCAGAUUGUGUUGUGCUCUGUAGCUGACUCUCUCCUCUCCUCCUUCUCCCUCUCUCCUCUCCUCCUUCCCCCUCUCUCCUCUCCUCAUUCUGCCUCCUGUCCUCCCUCUCUCAGAUUGUGUUGUGCUCUGUAGCUGACUCUCCCCAGUGUGUAAUGCUGUAUUAUUAUUAUUGUCAGAACACACGCCACCUAUACUUGUUACAGUAAUGGGCCAGGUUCAAUUACUUAAUGUCCGAUGUGUGUGUGUGUACUCAUUUCCCACUGAAUUAUCAUAUCUGUCCGAUGCAAUGUGCAAGAGAGUUACUUCCCUCGCUGUCUCACCUCUUCCCUCGUUCUCUCUCUCCCUGGACAUCUGUAGUAUAGACAUUGAUUGAAAUUAGGGUAAUAACCAGCCCACCUACACACUGAAGCACCACCUUCCUUCCCUCACUCCUGCUCUCUCAGCCCCCUCCUUUCUUUCUACACUUUUUCUAUCUCCUCCCCUCUUCUCUGUCCAUCUCUGAACGACAGAUUCCUCAUGUUAUGUUCUCUCUGUCAAUCUCUCUCCAUCCCUCUGUUCCUCUGUUCCUCAACAGGUCCUGGUGGGGUGGGAUUUGGACACGCACCGCACCGCACCGCACACACACACACACACACACACACACACACACACACACACACACACACACACACACACACACACACACACACACACACACACACACACACACACACACACACACACACACACACACACACACACACACACACACACACACACACACACACAGCCAGCCAGCCAGCCAGCCAGCCAGCAAAAUAUACCUCCAGCUGAGUGUUAACUGCCAUCCUGAGUGAUCCCCUUCCAUGGCCUUGCGUCACUCUGUGGGACACAGGCUUUUCACAGUGGGGUAGUCCAGGGUAUUCCCAGGUGAACCCCAGGACAUCCCCAGGAGAGGCCCAGGACAUCCCCAGGAGAACCGCAGGACAUCCCCAGGAAAGGCCCAGGACAUCCCCAGAAGAACCCCAGGACAUCCCCAGAAAAACCCCAGGAGAGGCCCAUGACAUCCCCACGAGAGGGCCAGAAGAACCCCAGGACAUCCCCAGAAGAACCCCAGGACAUCCCCAGGAGAGGGCCAGGAUAACCCCAGGACAUCCCCAGAAGAACCCCAGGACAUCCCCAGAAGAACCCCAGGACAUCCCCAGAAGAACCCCAGGACAUCCCCAAGAGAGGGCCAGGAUAACCCCGGGACAUCCCCAUAAGAACCCCAGAAAAGGCCCAGGACAUCCCCAGGAAAGGCCCAGGAGUGUGUAAAGCCUAUCAGAGAGCUGUGAAAUCCUGUGGAGUGGAGUGGAGUCCUCUCUUUCCCUUCAGGACCUGGCUGUAGAGAUGUGACGCAAACAGAGUGCUGUCCAUCCCCUCCCUCCUUCAUUCCCUUGUUCUCUCUCUCCUCUGUCCUUUCUUGUUGUCUCUCUCUCCUCUGUCCUUUCUUGUUGUCUCUCUCUCCUCUGUCCUUUCUUCUUGUUAUCUCUCUCCUCUGUCCCUCUCUCUUUGUCUCUGUGUGUUUCUCCAUUCCCCACUCAGAGGAGAGCGUUGUCCUCCAAUAACCACUCACAGCUUUGUUCCUGUGCAAUAAAGGUUGUAGGUUCAGUUCAA